AUGGCACCCGCGCAAGCAUAUGUGUCCAGCUACCCCCCGCGAAUUCGCCAAUACACCAAUACUCUCCUUCAACCCGUUCUCCAGACCCAAAAUGUCGCCCCAGGCGGUCGCACCACCAAACGAGGGACAACGAUAAUCAACUACGCAGAUGAUGCCUACGAUGAGGACGACUUUGAAGACAGCGAAGGUCCCCGGCGACCGACGGGUUUGCGAUCGUUGCGACGGGAGGAACUUGAGAAAAAGGAGCCGCAGCAUGACAAGGUGGGCAAGGAAAUACAUGAGCCCGUGGAUUUGCAACCCAUAUACCGAGACUGGAUGAUCAGGAGGACAGUUAGGCCUACGUCAGUACCCUCUUUUCGAGUUUUGCGCGUCAUCGUUAUUGACGAAGUUGUGUCGAACAGGACAGAUUCCCAGGUGCAUAUUCAAUCGCAACUCCCACUGACCCUUAUACCCAUACGUAUCGAUCUCGAUGUACCUGCCCACCAGCCCGAAGCUCCUUUUCCUCUGCCACGCGCGGGGGCCGAUAUUGGAGUCAACCCUUCGAUGCCAAUGUUCAAGAAACCUGAACAAUUGCCGGGCUACAAGAUACGCGAUAUCUUUUUGUGGAAUCUACACGAGAACCUACUUACCCCGGAUGACUUUGCUUUGUGCUUUGUUCGCGAGCUCGACCUACCUAACCAAACAGGCCUUGCGAUGAACGUCAGUCAACAAAUACGAACUCAGCUUGAGGAUUACGCCGGUGUAGCCAUGCAUCCACUCUUCCACACCCAGCAAAAGAGAUCGCAAAUGCCCGACACAAAUUCCGCUCCCACGCCGUCGGCUUUCGUCAACGGAAGCUCACGUGGCGGCACACCCCGGCCACUCCUUGGAGCGUCAAUAUCUCGUCCAGCCUCUACAACACCUGGGACCCCUGCUGCUUCAACUCCCCAUCCUAUUACAUUGACCAACGGCGCAUCUAUAACGGCACUUGCUUCUCCGCUGCCACCGGAACCACAAACUGAGCAGCAGGAUGACUCUGAAGAUCCAUAUCUCAAUCCUGACGACACUUACCGCUGUAUAAUCACGCUCUCGAUUUAUCUUUCUUCAAAGCUCUACCAAGACAAAUUUGAAUGGUCGUUGCUGCAUCCGCCCGGUGCUGCGGAGGCAUUUGCAAGACAGACUUGUGCGGACAUGGGAUUGGGCGGCGAAUGGGUCAUGGCCAUCACCCACGCAAUUUACGAAGCAGUUUUGCGAUUGAAAAAGGAGGCCUGCGAAGGUGGCAUGCUCAUGAUUGGUGGAAAUCCCUUAGGCGAAAUCGACAAUCAAGCUGUCCGAGCUGAGGAAGGCGCCGGGUGGCGAUACGACAUUGACGAUUUUGGUGCCGAAUGGGAACCGAAAUUCGAGGCCUUGAGCAAAGAAGAGAUUGAGAAGAGAGAGGGUGAUAGAGAACGACAGCUGAGGAGAUUGCGAAGAGAGACUGCCAAAUUCAGCUCAACGGCUGGAAUGGUCCUCUCCGCUCGAGAACAGGAAGCACAGCAACGAGGAAGUUAUUUUGAUUACACCACCAUCGGCAGCACUGGUACAGGGGAGGAAACGCCACUGAUGGGCCGUGGGGAGAGAAGUAAGAAGAAACGGCGGUUCAGAUCGCUCUCUCCUGUGGCCAAGGCGCAGACCCCGGACGCUACUGGAAGUUCUGCUGGUGCGGGAUGGGGAGGCGAAGGUAAUCGAUUGCAGGAGUACGAGAGACAGAAUUGGAGGUGUAAACAUUGCCUUAUUUGGGGCAGUGCCGUGUGGGCGGUGCGGGAUGGACCUAUGGGCCCCAGGACGCUGUGCAAUAGUUGUGGCUUGAUCUACGAGCGAGACAAGAAAUUGCCCGUGUGGAACGCAGGGUUGCAUAAGCAUACCUUGUACCUCGGACGGUAA